UCCGCUUUUUGUUCCCGCCCUUCUAGAUCUCUCUCUCUCUCUCUCUCUCUCUCUCUCUACGAACCAGAAAGGACCAUUUCAAUCUAUCCAAAAUACUUCGCCUUUCACUUUCGCUUUUCUCUCCUCCCUCUCUCCAAUCUCAGGCUUCUACCCUUCUGAUUUCCUUUUCUUUCCCUCAACAGAAUAACAAGUUAUAUCUUUCAACAAAUUUCUCUUCAAUGGAGUCGGAGAAAGACAAACAACACCAUCCUGAAAAAUCCCACAGCUUUUCCCCCAGAGACACCGCUGGCCAGGAAAACAACGAUCAUGAAAACCACCACCCCCACUCCGACCCCAAUCCCAACCUUCAACCCGAACAAGACCCCGAUCAUACCAAUGACACUACCAAUGCGGCGAACUCUGAAUCACCAAAAGAAGCCGAUUCGAAGCCAGAUAAUACAGAGUCAGAGGAAAAAGAAGACGACAAGGAGGAGAGGAUUGGCGAAACUACCGAAGAAGAAUCUCAUCCUCCUCCCGACUUCGACCAAGUAUGCCAAGAAAUAGACCAAUUUAUCUCCACUUUAUCAACCGCAAAAGGUUGCGGAUCCGACCCGCCUGAGCUUCCCGAAGCCAUGGAGCAUUUCCCGUUUCUUGUUGAGGCAAAGAUUGCGAAUUACGACUCAACCGAAAGCCUCAUGAAAUGGAACCAACUUUCUGAGGAGGACUCUUCCUUGUUUCUCGUAACCGUGGACCGACUCUCGAAAUUGAUAACCUCGCUCACUGCAUUCUCAUCAGAAUCAAGCUACGCUCCAUCGAUUAAUCGCAUUGGAGGGAUUCUGCAACGAGCGAUGUCCUACUUGGAGGACGAAUUCAGAUCACUUCUCGAAGAUCCAAAAAUUCCCGAUUUCGAUAAGAUUGAUGAAUCCAAGGCAAAACAGGCCUCGUCCUCGUCGAAUUCUAAUCAAGAAGCCGAUAAUUCGGCACCGGAGGAGCCUAAAUCCACCGAAGAUGAUAAUUUUCCGGGAUAUUCGGACGAGGUUAUGUCGGAUUUGAGUAGAUUGGCAAAGGCGAUGAUAACAGGGGGCUACGAAGCUGAGUGUUAUCAAGUUUACAUUGUGACAAGAAGGACUGUAUUGGAAGAGACAUUGCAUAAGCUAGGCUUUGAGAAAUUCAGCAUCGACGAUAUUCAGAAGAUGCAGUGGGAGCCAUUGGAGAGGGAAAUCGUUUCAUGGAACAAAACGUUUAAGCAAUUCAUCGCGGUUGUGUUUAAAGGAGAACGGAAGUUACCAGCGGCGGUAUUUGGAGAUGACGGUGAAGGUGAUGGUGGAGACGGUAACGUCAUUUUCAGCAGCGUCACAAGAGGUAUUAUGAUUCAGCUUCUUAAUUUUGCUGCAGCAGUUGGAAUGACAAAGCGUUCGUCGGAGAAGCUUUUCAAGUUUCUCGACAUAUACGAGACUUUGCGCGACGUUAUUCCGGUAAUGGACGAUUUGUUCGUUGAAGGAACGGUGAACGAGUUGAAAUCGGAAGCCUCGUUGAUUCGGACCCGAUUCGGUGAGUCCAUGGUUAGUAUUUUCUGCGAGCUCGAAAACUCGAUCAAGACCGAUACCGGGAAGACACCGGUCGCUGGCGGUGCAGUUCACCCCUUGACUCGUUACACCAUGAAUUAUCUGAGAUACGCGUGCGAGUACAAGGACACCCUUGAACAAAUCUUCAGGGAGCACCAGCAGAUCGAGCGAGCUGACUCGGCCACAGGAUCGGACUACGAUUAUACUAAUUCACAAGGCAGUAACAGCAAUAACAGCCAGAAUCAAGUUAAUCAGACAUCGGUAAAGCAAUCUCCGUUUACCGUGCAAAUAAAUAAAGUAAUGGAUUUACUCGAUAUGAAUAUCGGGGCGAAAUCAAAGCUUUAUAGGGAUCCAUUGUUGUGCUCGAUUUUCAUGAUGAACAACGAUAGAUACAUAUUGCAAAAGGUAAAGGGAUCGCCGGAGUUCACUGAGUUGAUGGGGGACACGUGGUCUAGGAAGAGGUCAUCGGACAUCAGGAACUGCCACAAGAAGUACAGGGAGUCGUGGGGGAGGCUACUACAUUGCUUGAGCCAUGAAGGGUUGACGGUGCAAGGGAAGGUGGUGAAGCCGGUUUUGAAAGAGAGGUUCAAGAGCUUCAACGCGAUGUUUGACGAGAUCCACAAGACGCAGAGCACAUGGGUGGUGAGUGACGAGCAGCUUCAGUCGGAGCUAAGGGUGUCGAUAGUGUCGGUUGUGAUCCCGGCAUACAGGGCAUUCUUGGCAAGGUUCAGUCAGAAUUUUACUCCGGGGAGACAAACGGAGAAGUAUAUAAAGUACCAGGCCGAAGAUAUUGAGACGUAUAUCGAUGAGUUGUUCGAUGGGAAUGCGGGGGCCACAUGGAAGAAGAAACCAUAAUCCAUCAUAUAGGAAUGCAAAUUCUGAACGUACGUAUUGGCAUACAUAGUGGAUCAGUGAGUACUGCUUCUCGAUCGUAUGUUAAUCGCGCGACUUGUUGAGGAGAUUGAGACUGUGAAUUCAGUUCCCCCCAAGGGAGUGAACAACAGCAUUGUGUAAAUGCAAUUUGCUUUGGUCCUUUUUUUGUGAGAAACAUAGCAAUUUUCUUACCAUUUUUCUUUUACUUUUUUUCCCUUUUGAAAGACUAAUUAAUUAAGCACCCAUGAGUAGCAUGCAAGCCAAAGUGAGCUUCGUGUGGUGCUGCGCUGUUUGCUUGUAUUUUUUUUUUUUAAAUUUGUUUAUUGAUCUUUAAUUAAUGGAUGUCCAGUAUUGAUUCAAUGA